AGUUUUGUUUUUUGGUUUAAUAACUAUUUAGUAUUUUAUAAAGUUAUAAGGAUUGUGGCCAUUUUGUCAAUUUACAAACCCUACUUUUACUGUUUCUUGGUUUUGUGUAUGUGAAUAAAGUUUACAUUUUUAAUAUUGGGAAUCUGAUUUUAAGAGGUUUUGCAUUGUGGGUAUUCAUUGUAAUGCAAUGGUAUGUGCUCAAGUUUUGGAUUUGAAUGAUCAAGAUUGGUGAAUUUGUUGAUGAAGUGUGAGUGUGUGGGUGUAUUAGCUGUUGGUUUUCCAUUUGUUGUCGGGAAAGAUGGAUCACCGGAGUUGGUUAUGGCGGAGGAAGUCGUCGGAGAAAAGUCCGGGAGAAACAGAAAGCUCUGGAGGGUCCAUUUCUUCUCAUUCUGAGAGGUUUUAUGAUGAUCAGGUAUUUUCGAAUCAAAUUUCUCUAUCACCUGAAGUCUCAUCAAAGGCUGAAUUAUCACCAGAAGAACUUGAUGGUGGCGUCAAGGCUCUAUCUGAGAAAUUAUCAGCAGCUCUUAUGAAUAUAAGUAUUAAGGAAGACAUGGUGAAACAGCAUUCCAAAGUAGCAGAGGAAGCGGUUGAAGGAUGGGAGAAAGCCGAGGCCGAGGUCUUAGCUUUGAGGAAGCAAAUUGAGGUUUUAACACUUCGGAACUCGACCCUUGAAGAUCGAGUUUGUCAACUUGAUGGAGCCCUAAAAGAAUGUUUAAGACAGCUACGGCAAACAAGAGAAGACAAAGAGCAGAUAGUGGAGGAAGUUAUUGAAAAGAAAGCAUCCGAAUGGCAGAUAACAAAAACCAAACUUGAAAAUCAGAUCUCUGACCUCCAUUCACAACUUCAAUCUGCUAAAAAAAAGGAAUCUACUUUGACUACCAAUGGAAUGGCAGAGAAAGAAAACUCGGCUCUAAAGCUUGAGCUUGCUUCAAUGGCUGAAGAGCUUGAAAUAAGAUAUAUUGAGAGAGAGUUGAGCAACCAAGCUGCAGAACAGGCUAGUAAGCUUCAUCUAGAAAGCGUAAAGAAAGUAGCUAAACUUGAAACCGAGUGUCGUAAGCUAAAUGCCGCCCUUAGAAAAGCACUAGCUACUAAUGAUCUAAGAUCACUUGCUGAUAGCCAAUCGAGCGAUGAUUAUAAGGAAGUGAAUGAGUCUGAAAGUAACCGAAAGACCCCUUCACAGGAUAUUAAACUGAUGGAUGAUUUUCUUGAAAUGGAAAAACUUGUAGCAUCACCUGAUAGUCAUCCAAGAAGAACUGUACAAAAUCAAACAUCUGAAGUUGAAGAGACUUUGAAAAAGGUACAAACUGAAAAAAAGAAGCUAGAGAUCACUUUGAAUGAGCGUGAAAAUGACCUCAAAGCAUCAAUUUACGAGCUCAAAACAUUUAGAAAUAAGCUCAAAGAUGCUGAAACAAAGUUGGUCAAGAUUGAAGCUUUGUUGACCGAGGCUUGUGAUGCAAGAGAAAAUACGGAAAAAGAACUCAAGUUGACGAAAGCAUUAGUCGAUACAUUACAAGAACGCGUCAAAAAAUCUGAAAUGGAAUUGGUGGAAUCGAGAAGUCAACUAGAUUUGGAGUGUAGAGAAAGAAAAGAAGUAGAAUCUCGAUUUGAAGAUGCCUAUGCACAGAAAAUUGAGGCAGAAUCACGCUUGAAAACAUUAGAAGCUGAGUUCGAAUCCUUGAUUCCCAAAGUUGGUUUAUUAGAGACGGAGGUUGAAAAGGAACGUGCUUUAUCAGGGAAGAUGGGAGUCAAAUGUCGACAAUUAGAAGGUGAGUUGGAAUCCUUGAUUCUGAAAGUCGAUUCUCUAGAAACAGAGGUUGAGAAGGAACGUUUUUUAUCAAAGAAGUUAGGAGUCAAAUCUCGGGAGUUAGAAGGAGAGAUUUUAAGAUUACAAAGCGAAAAUCAGUACCCGAAAUCCGUCAUCCUGAAUGCAGAGCUCAGGAUAAAACAGGAUACUGAACUAGCCUUGGCUGGUAAUAAAUUUGCCGAUUGCCAGAAGACAAUUGCUUCUCUUAGUCAUCAACUGAAAACGCUUGCAACACUCGAAGACUUCUUGAUUGAUACUACUGAAUUCAGUAAACGUAUUUAAAGACGUGAAGAAAACCCAAGCCUUCAACAGUGUAAAUUUUGCUUAUGCUCUGCAAAAUGAUGGUAAGGUUGGCUAGUAAAAAAGUUUUAGUUAUUUUUCAUAUACAAAACAAAAGAACCGAAUAUUAAGCGUGUAAAUCUUAUGUUGUAUUUAGACUCGUUCAGCCACAUUCAUCGUUAUACAAAAACAUUACAAAAAUUCGUUCAUUUGUUAUUGGCUAGACGAAAUUUCAUAGGUUUAUUUAGCAUCUAGUUCUUAAGCUAAUCGGCUGCUUGUUAUUGGUAUGUACUGGCAACUACAUCUCUUCCGAUGGUUGGCGGUGUUUGGGUGUCUUAUUGUGGAUUCGCUUCGAACCUAUCUCAAUUUACUCUCAAUUGAGUUACUGAGUUUUAUUUC